CGGACGGUGGUGACACGAGCAGCAGUUGUCUCGGUUCUACUCAGCGUGUAUAGUAUACGAUUAUAUUAUUUAUUUUGCCAUUGGUCGCAUGUGUUUUGAUAGCGCAUCGUGCUGAGCGCGACCACCACGCACUUAUUACAAAACCAAUCCGAUAACAUCACUCAUCGCCAGUCAUUCAAUUGAGUAACAAGUGCUUCAAAAAGAUGCCCGAGUUCGAAGUGAAAAACUUGGAUAAGAUCCUAUCCGAUUCCCUCGGCAAGGAUGUGGUGGUUAUAGAACAGCGGAGCAAAUUCCUGACACCACCUGGUGAACACUAUGGAAGCAUCAUGCUGGCGCUCGACGCUACAGUUAAGAUCGAUGGUAAAGAGGAAAUCUUGCCACUGGUUGCGAAGAUGCUUCCAGCAAGUGAUAUGCUUCGAGUUGCUUUCGAUUCCGGCGUGACGUUCCAGAAAGAAAUUGACGCAUACACAAAAACCAUACCGGCUUUAGUGCAGUUCCAGAGGGAUUACAACGUUCCGGAACACAAGAUCCUGGACAUCUUCCCGAAAUGUUUCGGAGCUCGCAUCAGUUUAGAUAAGGAUGAAGUGGAUGAGAACGCAGUGCUGAUCUUCGAGAAUCUGAAGGUGAAAGGUUACGAUACCGGAGAUAGGUUUGUAGGCUUUGAUCUUCCGCAUGCACAGAUGAUCGUCAAAGAUUUAGCCAAAUUUCACGCCGUUCCUAUUGCUAUGAAGAAGCUUCGUCCGAACGAUUUCGACAAGUACGUAGGACCUUGCAUCAUCCCGAACGCUGGUAUUGAAACUUUGCCCGAUGACAUCGCAGCCGCCUUCACAGAUAGCAUUAUAGAAAUCGGGAAAACCAUCCCUGAGCUCAGUCCUUACUUGGAAAAGAUUACAGAGAUUGUUUUGACUAGCACCGAAGAUAUGAAAAACAAGAAUGGGCCUCCGAUAAUCACCCCGUACGCUACAGCAGUCCAUUCAGAUUACUGGGUUAACAACACUAUGGUUCUGAGAGACGCCAAUGGAAAUCCGCUGAAAAAUAAAAUAGUCGACCUACAAAUCAUGCAAUACGACCACGCUUUACGUGAUUUGAUCUUCUUCUUGUUCACUAGCGUACAAAAUCCAGUCCUCGACGCCCAUUACGAUGAUCUUAUCAAAUUGUAUCAUGAAACAUUUUACGAUUACUUGAAAGACUUCGGCGCCGAAAGCGACGAUUAUUCCUGGAAAAAUUUCCUAACCGAAUUGGAGGAUAUUGGGCCCAAAGAGUUCCAUCACGUCGCCUUCAUGCUUAAGCCAAUCUUCACAGAAAAGGGAAAAAUCAACAACCUCUCCGAAUUCAAACCCAGCGACUGGGGAAGACGGGACCUCAUCGGCCCAGCCCACAAGCAGAAACUUAAGGACACAAUCCUCGCCUACGUUAAGAGAAAUUGGAUAUAAUCCCAAUCCAAUAAUCGAAUUAUUUAUUCCCCAAUUAAUCAAAGUAUUCUUAGACUAGAGUUGAAUGUGAUUCGUUAAAGAAAUCACGACUAGUUCUAUUAAUGAAAUUGUACUUUAGACAAAUUUCUACCUAAAAACUAACGUUAUUGGAUUUGAAAUUCCUGAGUUUAGUUCAAUUGUGAUUUAAAAUCAUAAUGUUAUUACUGUUUUAUGUACCUAAAAAUUUAAUAAAUCUAUUUUUUGAG